AUGGGUGUGUCCUGCGAGCUCUUCGCCUCGCCACUGAAUUGCUAUUUCGCACAGUUCUACUCGGCAUUCCCGGAUGUUGAUUCGGCCUUUGGUUCGCGGGGUUCUUUCUUCGAAGCAGCAACGCUACCAGAAGGCUCUUACGAAGUUGGCCCUCCCUACACGGAGGAGGUGAUGGACCUCAUGGCGAAGAAGCUUUUGGCCCUUCUGCGAGGCUCCGGUGAACGACCACUGAGCUUUGUCGUCUUCGUUCCAGACUGGGGCGAUGCCUGCACAGCGCUGGGACUUAUGAGUGGUGAGGAGUUCAAGCCCUUCCGGCACUUCGCGCAUGGCAGCUACAUCUUGGCGCGAGGGAGGGAGCACGAGUACAUUUCCGGCGUACAGUUCUUCCACGACUCAGGGGCAGAUGCAUCAAGGCGAUACUACGAUGUGCCUCAUGGAACCCGAGUUUAUGUACUUCAGAACUCUGCUGGCGCGACUCGGUGGCCCUUCACGGAG